AUGACAUCAAAUUCGACACAUAAAGAUUCUAUUCGUUCAUCAUCAUCAAUAAUAGUUUACGAUAAUUAUCCAAAGAAAUCUUUACUAUUAUCUUGUUGUGGUUGUUCUCGAACAUAUAAAAACUCUCAAUCAUUACUAAGAACAGUAGAAGAUACAAAUUUAAAUGAACAAAAAAGUUUUUUCAAACGAAUACAAUUUUUUAAAGCUCGAAAGCGAAAACGUUCGCUUGUUAAACAACAGAAAGAAGCAGUAUCGUCCGAACUAACAGCUUCCAAUGAUCGUCUUGUAAUUGAAACCGAAAAAUUACCCAACGAUAAUGAUGAACGACAAUCAAACGCCACUAUACGAUCAUCAUCUGAAUUUCAUAAUGAUUUAUUUCUAAAAUAUUCUUAUCAUCAUCAUCGUUCACUACGUAAUUCUCACUCAAUACCAUUUCUUAAUCAAUUUGACACUAUUCGCAAUUUAAAUAAUAGUAUUGAUUCAUAUUCAUUGACUGACAUUGAAGCAGUAUCAUCAAUAAAUGAAGAAAAAACUGAACAAAAAUAUAUUGAUCAAAGUACAACACCAAAAAGUAUUAUUUCUCAUAAUUUUUCAUUAGCAACAACAAAUCUUUCUACAUAUUCAACUCAAAGUUUACUUCGGAAACUUCUCGAUAAGGCUCAACUUUUAGAUGAAUAUUAUAAUGAUAUUGUUAAUAAAAACACAAAUAAACCAAAAUCAUCUCAAUCAUCAUCAUCGAUUUCAUUACUAGGACGAUCAGGUGCAACAUCACGUUCAUUUCUUUAUCGAUUUCAAUCUAAUGAUAGUUUUAAAAAAUCAUCAAGAAGAAAACAUCGUCAUUUUAAUGAUAAUAAAUCAUCUGAUAGUUCAAGAUAUAAUUUAUAUUGUGAUGAAGACAAUAUAUUACGUGAAUUAAUACGUUUUAAUAAUGAUAUUGAUCUUAUUUUAUCACGUCUUGAAAUGGAAGGUGAAAAUUUACAACAACAAAUAACUAAUCAUUCAUUAUCUGAUGAAAAUCUUAUUCAACAAACAAUCAUCAAUCCAACUGAUGAUGCUAUCCUUGAUGUUAGCCCACAAAUCAAUGAUCAAGAAGAAAUUGAACAGAAAAAUUUAAUCGAAAUAAUAACAAUGCAUACCGAUAAUAAUGAAAUAAAUAUUCAUUUACUUUUAUCAAAUGAUAUUAAUCGUUUACGAGAAACAGCUUUAUCGAAAUUAUUAAAAAUGACUCAAGAAAAUUGUAAUUCAGAUAAUGUACAUAAUUAUGAAAUAAUAACUCUUGUAAAAUUAAAUAAACUUCCGAAAUCUACAACAUGGAAAGGCAAACGUGUAUUUGGUGUUCCAUUACGUAUUUAUCAACAAACAACAGGACAUAUUCUACCAAUAUCAAUAAUAAAUGCAUUACAAUAUAUUCGUAUACAUGCUGGUAAAUGUGAUGGAUUAUUUCGUAAGCCUGGUGUUAAAUCUAAAAUUGAUCAUUUACGUACACAAAUUGAAACAACAAAUGACUAUUAUGGAGAAACACUUUUAGAAACAAUUAAAUUUGAUGAAUAUCAACCAUUUGUUGUUGCUGAUGUUAUUCGACAGUAUUUUCGUGAAUUACCUGAAUGCAUUAUACCACCAUCAAUAACACGUUUAUUAUGUGAUUUACUUAAAUGUAUAUCACAAGAGGAACAAUUAUUAGCAAUACGUUAUACAUUUUUAAUAUUACCUGAUGAAAGUCGUGAAGUACUUGAAACAAUUCUUCGAUUUUUACUUGAUGUUUCAAUACGAUCAGGAAAUAAUCAAAUAACUUGUCGAAAUUUGGCACGAAUUUUUCUGCCAUCAGUCUUUCAAUCUUUUUAUGAUAUGCAUCAUACAUCAUCAAAAAUUCUCUGGUGGAAAUGGAAAAAAGAGAAAUUUGAUACUAUUCAACAAGAAAAUGAACGAUUAUUAUUAGAACAUUGUCUUAUGACAAUGAUACUUAAUGUUGAUUUACUUUGUAGAGUUCCAAGUGCACUCAGUGAUGAACUGAAAUUGCCGUCAGCAAGAAAGACACAACGACUUGAUGAACUGAUCCGUAAUGCGUGUAAUGGUGAAUUUCAUAUGAAGAAAUAUAUUUCUAAAAAUUGUGAAGAAUUUCUUCAACGUUUGUCAAAUACAAAAUUUAAAAGUGUUCAAACAAAUAUUGAUGGUGUUAGUCUAUCUAUACAUAAACCACCUUUAACAUCAACAUUGGAUACAAAUAAACAUAAUUUACCAACAUGGAAAUGUUCAAUUGAUAUACCAAAUACAAAUGUAAAACAAGUUUAUCAAAGAAUAUUAAAUGAAUGUUAUUUAUGGAAUAAUCAUUUUGCUGAAAGUCGUACAGUAGAAAAAAUUGAUGAUGACAAAGAAAUAGUGCAAUAUGUUAUAAAUUUACUUGAUUUUGUUCCUGUUCGAUCGUUUUGUGAAUUUCGUUUUUUCAAAAAAGUUACAUUACGUUCAGCACCUGAUGCGAAUGCAAUGCUCAUUAGUGCAGUAUCAAUUGAUCAUUUACAAAAUCAUUUUCUACCGGGUAGUAUUGGUGUUACUUAUGAUAUGCAUUAUUAUAUAAAACCAUCAACAACACAGCAUGGUCAUACAACAGUUACUCAAGUUGCUUGUGUAGAUUACAGUGGCCGAUCAACGCAAUGGUAUGAAAAUGUAUAUGGUUCAUUAUUAGCUCAUAAUCUUAUGUCAUUACGAGAUACAUUUUCUAAUGCAAAAAUUGUUCGAGUUUGA